AUGCACUUUAUUGGCAGUCAUGCAGGGCGACGGCUCGCUCGGCCUAGCUACCAGAGGCUCCUCGACCGUCGGAGUCGUCCAACCUCCUUGGUAUGGAGAAGUCACGCGUCAGGGCCGGCUAUAUCUAGAAAUACCGUCAACAACCUAGAUAAUGGAGCCCAGGGAGCCCAGGUGCUUGCUUCGGCUGGAAAGGAAGAGCUAGAUUCAGGGACUUCAGUGAAAGUCAAUAGGCCAUUGACAGGCAGUCCCAGGGAGACGCCGUUGGACCUCCCGUCUCUUGAUAAAAAAUGGCGAAAGAAAUGGAAAGAAAUGGGCCCCAGGAAACGGACGGUAGAUAAAACCGAUCCUCAAAAGAGCAUGUACAUUUUGCCCAUGUUUCCUUAUCCUUCUGGAGAUCUUCAUCUUGGCCAUUUGCGUGUCUACACCAUCUCAGACGUCCUGGCACGCUUUAAACACAUGCAAGGGUACGAUGUUAUGCACCCAAUUGGCUGGGAUGCCUUUGGUCUACCAGCUGAGAAUGCAGCUAUCGAACGAGGUAUUGAUCCAGCGUCGUGGACGAAACUCAAUAUCGAGCGGAUGAGGGGACGACUUGAGGCCAUGAACGGCCACUGGGACUGGCAUCGAGAAUUCGCAACUUGUGAUCCCAGCUUCUACAAGCAUACACAGCGGCUAUUUUUGCUUCUUCAUGAGCGGGGCCUGGCAUAUCAAGCAGAGUCCCUUGUGAAUUACGAUCCAGUGGACAAGACCGUUUUAGCAAAUGAGCAAGUCGAUGCCAAAGGCCAUUCGUGGAGAUCUGGAGCCAAGGUCGAGAAGCGGCUAUUGAACCAGUGGUUCUUUAAGAUAUCCGCGUUUCGGCAGGAGUUACUCGAUGAUAUUGAACAGUUAGCAACCGACGGAGCCUGGCCCGAGGGAGUUCUAGCAAUGCAGAAAAACUGGAUUGGAAAAUCUCAAGGGGCACGGAUAAAAUUCCCUGUGACCGCUUCUCACCAACAGACUCACUCCGACAUUGAGGUAUUUACCACUCGCCCCGAUACGUUAUUUGGAGUGCAAUACCUCGCUCUCGCGUCGACCCACCCCAUUGUCCAGAAACUGGCAAAGUACAACGUUGGCCUCCAAGCCUUUCUGGAUGCGAUACCAGCCCUCCCACUUGACUCAAGAGUUGGCUACCUUUUACCCGAUAUCCGUGCCAUCAACCCACUCGCAUAUGAGAAGAGCACACCUGAUGCGACCAAAGCCUCUUUGCCAAUCUACGUCGCACCAUACGUUCUAGGUGAUUAUGGCGACGGUGCAGUCAUGGGGGUUCCGGGCCAUGACACGCGCGAUCAUGCGUUUUGGAAACACAACCGCUACGAUGACCCAAUUCGCAUGGUGAUUGCCCCUUCGCCUGAUGAUGCAAGUAUCGCGGGGGAGAACCAACCUUUUGUGCAUCACGGCCACCUAACAUCUCAUGGCGGACCAUAUGCCGGGUACACCACUGCGGCGGCUUCCAAGGAGAUUGUCUCCUCACUCGAAUUGAAAGGCCUCGGCAUUGCUACUGAGGCAUGGCGCCUUCGAGAUUGGUUAGUCAGCCGCCAACGGUAUUGGGGAACCCCUAUUCCUAUCAUCCACUGUAAAGGUUGUGGCCCGGUACCUGUCCCGCACGAACAGCUACCGGUCGAACUUCCUGCUUUAGACGGGCACUGGGGAAAGGGGAAGACCGGUAACCCGUUGGAUAAUGCGCAUGACUGGGUGAAUACAGCAUGUCCAAAAUGUGGGGACCCAGCGAGGCGGGAUACGGAUACAAUGGAUACGUUUGUGGACUCGAGCUGGUACUUCAUGAGAUUCCCAGAUCCACAUAAUGACUCCAUACCAUUCUCUCCAGAAGCAGUUGAUUCAUCCCUCCCAAUUGAUAUCUAUGUCGGAGGUGUGGAACACGCAAUUCUCCACCUUCUCUAUGCUAGAUUCAUAUCCAAGUUCUUCGCCACAACACCGUACUGGCCCUCUGGAUCAAAGACUCGGGGCGAGCCGUUUAAAAGGGUUCUAGCUCAAGGGAUGGUGCAUGGCAAAACAUACUCAGACCCAUCUACAGGCCGUUUCCUGAAACAAGAGGAGGUCGAUCUCAGCCAAACUUCCAACCCAAUUAUCAUUGCAACAGGCGAAACCCCCAACAUCAGCUACGAAAAGAUGUCUAAAUCAAAAUAUAACGGCGUUGACCCCGGGAUAUGCAUGGAUAAACACGGCGCAGAUGCAACGAGAGCACAUAUCUUAUUCCAAGCUCCUGUAAAUGAAGUUCUCGAAUGGGAGGAGGAGCGAAUAUCUGGGGUCGUGCGAUGGUUGCGACGGAUCUACGACCAUAUAUCCCACUCACAGAAACGUUGGGCACCGGAAAUGCAUGACGCCUCAUCUAAAAGCAACUUGGUUAUGUUCGAGAAUGCAUUCAAAUUAAUGGACUUUCAAGAUCCCCUACGCACAGAAGAUGCCGAAUUGCGCUUUCUACAUGAGCGCUCCGACAGCACUAAGAAAUUGUGGCGGGGGGUACAACGAACUAUCAUCGACGUCACGGAGUCAUAUAACAAUGGGUACUCCCUCAACACAGUGGUCUCUGAUCUGAUGUCCCUAACAAAUACCAUUAUCGACACUUCAAAAGGACAAGAAGUUCCUCGGGGUCUCAUCUAUGCUUCAAUAGCUUCCCUCCUUAAGAUGAUCGCGCCUAUUGCCCCGGCGUUCGCAGAAGAAUGUUGGACAAUGAUACCUGGGAGUACUUCAUCAAUCUUCGAACAACCAUUCCCAGAGCCAGAUGGUACGUAUGACACGCUUGCGCCGCGAACGCAGCCUUGUUCGGUACAAGUCAAUGGAAAGCUGAAAUGUGUGGUUGAGCUACCUGUACCGGACCCGAAACUGAAAGGGGAUGGAUUGGAGGGUUGGAUUGUGGGGCAAAUUUUGGGGACUGCCGAAGGGAAGGCCAGGUUGAUGGGUUCCGAAGGAAAGAAGGGUGCGGUUGAUAUUAGGACCGCAAAGAAGGUCAUUGUUGUAAGGGGGGGUAAAACGAUCAAUUUUGUCGUGUAG